UUAACCGUGCACCACGGUCUGUGUUUUUCGAAAAAUAGAAAUCGAGGAGCUGAUCAAGCACGGCACCAUGCUGCCCCAUGACAUGAUGGGCCUCACCGACGAACAGGUUGAGGAGCUCAAGCUCAAGGACGAGUGGGGUGAGAAAUGCGUACCGAUAGGCGGAUGGACCUUUAACAAGGAUGUUAUAGGCCGCAGAAAUGGCAAACAGCCUAACGUGAAGAUGCAGGAGGUCUUGAAGAAAACGAUCGAAGAGGCACGAACUAUGGUUUCGAAGAAGUUAGUGCAGCAAGAAAAGCUAGUGACACAGAAGACCGUGCAAGAGGCAUUGGACAUUCUAAGGGGUGCCGUGACGAUCGUUUAUCCAAUGGGGCUUCCUCCUCAUGAUAUUAUCCGCCAGGAAUUCGAGAAUACGGAGGAUUUGAGCGGCACUCAAGCAUCGCUCGAGGUUAUAGAUGUGCAACUGGCACAACUUUGGUUCUCAGGAAAAGAAUUAUUACCAGGGAUGAAAUUAAAGGAUUAUGUCGGGAUGAACGAAAAGACAAAGAUUAUUAUCAAGCUGCAGAAAAGAGGAGGCGGAAGACCUGCUCGUGAACCAUUAAUGUCGGAAGAGGAAAGGAAACAACUAAUGCUACACGCCUAUAAGCGACAGGAACAGCUCAAGAUUUCUGAAACAAUUUAA